GACAGGUCCCACUGCAUCACAUUCAGUUACAUUGAGUAGGAGAAACAACAGCCUGCCAGAAAGCAGUUCCAUCCUAAAGUGCUGGCUCUUUCUAAAAGCUCAUGACCAGGCAAAAUUACCUGAAAUGGCUUCCUACACCCCAAUAUGAGAACUUAAAAAAAUACAUUUGCUGUUUCAGGAAUUACAUUUUAUAUUGUAGAGUGAAUUAUUUGCAGUGUAAAUAGGGUUGCCACCUUUUCAGAAAUGUUUUACCGGCCAGUGGUGGGGGUGGGAACAAAGGGGGCGGACCGUGAUGCAAAGAGGCGUAGAGAUGCAGAAAAGGUGCGGAUCCACAUUGUGCAAAGGCCUGCAAUUCAAAACUUGGAGCUGCACUGAUCCUUUAAAACAGUUGGUGGUCACCUAACGAUUUAUACAUACAGUAAUUGAAGGGAGAGUGAAGAAGGGUAGAAUGCAGAAUUGCUGUUUUCAUCAAAAUGGUACCAUUUUUAAAAAUCAAAGUGGAGUUGGCCAUGACAUCAGAUGGGAAAACAAUUGUCUGUUACCAUCCAUCAGUUGAAGUUCCGUAUGAACACACAAAGCGUCUUCCUCAGAAGGACCCAUUAACCAGCCACACAGAAACACAUGAGCUUGUCUUAAAGGCCAGACUAAGUGAUGCCAAAGCUAAACCUGAGCCAACGAUAGAAGAGCUUAGCAAAAUGUUUUACACAACCAAACAUCGUUGGUAUCCAGUGGGGCAAUACCACAGAAGACGUAUGAAGAAAGAGCACCCAAAGGAUCGAUGAUAUCUUCUAUUCAACAUUUUUUUAACUCUACAUAUCUUUUGUUCGGCAUGUAACAGUCAUAAAAUGUUAAUAAAUAUUGCACAUUUCUUCAUAAA